AUGGCAACCAACGUCGUUGUGAUAGCAUCCGACUUGCGGCGGGCUACUAUCAAAGUCACGCCUGGAACCUACCUAAUUGAUGUAUUGGAGGAAGCAUGCCGAAGACUUAACCUCUCCAGUGACAAAUAUCUCGUCAAGCACCGGCAAAAAACAGUCGAUCUUUCCAUCCCUUUUCGUACUUCUGGUCUAAGUCCUGGCGCAAAGCUCGAGCUUGUGCAGAAGUCAAAAACACCCUCCGCCAUUCAAGUCGCUCUUCAAAUCCCACCCCCCGAUGGUCGCGAAAUACCAGGUGGAAGGCUGAUCAAAAAGUUCCCCAGCGAUCUGACCAUAUGGAAGGUUCUACGCCAAUUCGAGAGUGGCGAGGCGAGUAAUGGAAAGAACAUCAACAUCACUGCCCGCGGGGUUGCGUGUAUGGAAAACAGCUCAGGAAGCGGCAGCGGGCAGUUGCAUUACGAAGAACCCGUCUUGAACAUUAUGGGUAGAGAACUCUCGUCUUUCACAGACUUCCAGAAGACACUGUCACAACUCGGAUACAACUCUGGAAGCGUUUUGAUCAGAUUGUCCUAUCGCCAGACAGACAAGACACUAUUCGACGCCAUGACAGAAAUCGGCCAAUUCUUCAAGGAAACAGACGAAGAAUACCAGAAGGAGGAGGCACCAACAACACAAGAGGCCGAGCUUGUUUCAACCGAAGAAGUAGAGAAACAAGAAGAGCAAGCACCACAAGAGGUAGCCGACUCCAAAAUGACGGAUGUCCAGGCAGAACAGUCUCCGGCGGUGAUUCCGAUUCAGCAGGAGAAAGGACCCGAGACUGUUACAGAAGAUGAUAUGGAAGUCGAGUCUUCUCAGUCUAAUGACCCACUGGCACCUGUAAACGUCUUCCUCGCACCUUCGGGGUCAACGCCCGCAGCAGCUUUGGCUCCUGCUCCCGAAACAGACUUCGCUCCCACCAUUGCGCAUGCGCAGCUCCACCAAGCUCGAUUGCAGGAAAACUCAAGAAACAGGCGACUACUUUCGGAUAAAGAGUUAGAAGAGAAGGCUGCUGCAGAAGCCGCCAAAAUCAACGCUAUCAAAUCCAUUCUCGUCAAGGUCAGAUUCCCAGACAACACCAGUAGCGAUUGGGAGGUGAGCCCAUCGCAUAGUGGACAGUUCCUGUACGACGCUGUUCGACAUGUUAUGGUCCAUAACGACCAGCCUUUCCAUCUUGUUCUUCCCGGAACCAAAAUCGUGAUCAAGGACGACCCCAGCUCCAGCAAUGGACUGAUAAAGGCCUAUAAAAUGUCUGGACGCACUCUCAUUAACUUGGUCUGGGAUGAUGUGGUGCCAUUAGCUGUGCGGAAAGAAGCUUUCCUCAAGGCCAAUAUCGCUCAACAAGGUCAACAAGUCAAGGUCCCCGAACCUGUCACUCCUGAUGAGAAGGAUGAGGAUGUUGCCGUGGCUCGGCCAACACCAACAGAGAAGGAUGAGGGAUCGGGAGAUAAAAUUGCGAAAAAAAUACCCAAGUGGCUCAAGCUGGGGAAGAAAUAG